ACAACCAAAACAAGGACGGCACAGGAAGCGUUCACGUACGCUAGCCAAAGAGGAACUCCAAGUCUGCUACUCGUGUAUUUGACAAAAAAAACCUCUGUGGAGAGAUAAACACCCCGUCACUCAGCACGAUGGCGAUACCAAUAACAAGCCGAUUUCCAUGCAUCAGAAUCCCACCAGUGUACUUUUCCCAUCUGUCCAGCGGUGUCAAGUUCAAGCACAUUUUAAUGACUGCAAGUGUCCAGGUGCAAGUCCAGGCCAAGCCAGCAACAAGUCCAAUUCGCGGCCAUAUUAAACCUGCGACCUUUACAGCGAACUCAGUCCGCUGGAGGUCUGCCCUGCGGAAUUGUGUGGGGGCUCUGCACACCGGGACGAUGGCAGCCGUGAAAGUUGACCUGAACUCCACCGCCGGAGACUGGAAGGAGAUCAAGGACUUCUUGCUGUCUCAGCCUGCGGAGGUCAGGCGCCAGUACUACAGGACUGACGCCGUCCGCCUGGACGACAUCCCAGCUUGGAGUCACGCUGGAGUGUCUGCUGGCCCUGAAGGGAGUCAUUAUCCCAGAAAUGAAAAGCUUGACGGGAAGAUUUCCAUCUACAGCGGCAACAUCACCGUGCUGGAGGUAGAUGCCAUUGUCAAUGCAGCCAACCAGACUCUGCUGGGAGGCGGUGGAGUGGAUGGAGCGAUCCACCGUGCUGCAGGGCCGCUGUUGAAGGAAGAAUGCGCCUCCCUGCAUGGCUGCCACACCGGCCAAGCAAAGAUCACAUGCGGCUACGGCCUCCCUGCCAAGUAUGUCAUCCACACGGUGGGGCCCAUAGCUCAGGGCGGCGUUGGAGAGGCGGAGAAGAACGCUCUGAGGGCGUGCUACAGCAACAGCCUGAGGAACGCGACUGAGAACAACCUGCGUUCUGUGCAAGCUCAGGGUGAAACCACGCAGAUCAUUGACCGCGUCUUCUUUGUCCCGCAGGCCUUCCCUUGCAUCUCCACGGGAAUCUACGGGUACCCGCCUGAGGAGGCCGUGCACGAGGCCUUGGCGACCGUGAGGGAACAUCUGGACGAGCACCACGACAAGCUGGACAGAAUCAUCUUCUGCGUGUUUUUGGCCAAAGACAAAGGAUUGUAUCUGCAGAACCUCCCUCUCUACUUCCCUGUUGGCGUGGACCUCCCUUGAGUUGGGCGGAGGUACCAGGCGGAGGUACCAGGCGGGGGUACCAGGCGGGGGCCGCUGUCUUCAAUCCAUCCAUCCAUCGCCGCCACACAGCACCUCCUCCACCUCCUCCUCAUGUCCCCGACUGUUGUUCUUUGCCAGUCUGCUUUGUCUUACCCCCCCCCCCCCCCCCUCCCCCAGCCUGUCCGGUCGCCCACCUGACUCUCAGGCUGUUUUCUGUUAGUUCUGUUUCUUCACACGUGUCAGGACCAUUAAAGAUGUUGAUCUUACCCGAGCUUUGGAUGCGACCUCCACGCCGCGUAGCCGGGUAUUUGUAUUCAAAUACUACAAGUACUUGUAUUCAGAUCCUCCGCAUACUUGUAUUUGGAUACUCCAAAUACUAUAAGUACUGCCUCCCCCAGCCAGAAGGGGCCUGUCACUGCCGUCCUUCCAUAGAGAGGAAAAGCGAUGUAAGAGCAGAAGUUGAAGGCUGACGUUUGAUUGACAGUCCAAGCAGGUGAGACUCAGAGAUGCUCCUCCACUCCUCCAAAAGCAAUCUGCCCCGGUCAUUGGGAGAGGAGGGGGGCGGCCCGGUGGACCAAAAUCAAUAGGCACAGGACACGUCGUGCUUCUUAAAUCUCCACUUUGCUACACGGCAUGGUGCCACGCACGCCCUUCACUGACCUUCAGCAGGGAGGAUGGAGUCUUCCUCUUUGGCUGAAGGAUGCUACUAUGGACAGCACUUUUCCCACGUGAUGACCAACCCCCUUCCACCACACUCUACCUGCUCUACCUGCACUACAAGCACUACCUGCUCUACCUGCACUACCUGCUCUACCUGCUCUACCUGCACUACCUGCUCUACCUGCUCUACCUGCACUACCUGCUCUACCUGCUCUACCUGCUCUACAAGCACUACCUGCUCUACCUGCUCUACCUGCUCUACAAGCUCUACCUGCUCUACCUGCUCUACCUGCUCU